UAUGUCAAUAACCAUGUCGCUUACUUUGUUGGUUAUGUUGUUAUUUCAUGCAUAUCGCCAAAAUUAAAUAUAUUUUAAUAAUAAUAUUUUUCCAUUUAACUGUCAAAAUAGUUAAAGUGAAGUUAAAAUGAAGUUCAAUUACAAGUUUCAAAAUCUCCUCGGGACGGUAUACCGCCGUGGUGAUAUAUUGUUUACAAAUGAUGGUAAUUGUGUAAUCAGUCCAGUUGGUAAUAAAAUCACUAUUUAUAAUCUUAAGCAAAAUAAAAGCAAUACUUUACCAGUCGAAAGUCAUUUCAAUUACACAGCAAUUGAUGUGUCUCCUAAUGGGUCAAUACUUCUCGCUAUCAACGAAAAGGGUGAAGCUCAAAUGAUCAGUCUCUUGACAUGCACAGUAAUACACAGGUAUAAAUUCAAGCAGCAAGUGAAUGCCGUUAAGUUUAGUCCCGAUGGUAAACUAUUUGCUGCCUGUUGUGAUGACACAGUGUUCAUAAUGACGGCACCCAGUAGCUUUACAGGUGAAUUUCGUUCAUUCAUAAUGAAAAGAGUAUUUAAAAAGUCACAUGACCAAGUUACUUGCCUUGAUUGGUCAAGCUGUGGCAAGUUACUAGCAGUUGGUUCUAAAGACACCACAACGAAAAUAUUCACAUCGGAAUAUUUGGAUAACUUAAACAUGUACUCAUUAAGCGGGCAUACAGAUAAAAUUGUAGGAGUAUUCUUUGAAAAAUCAAGCUUAGACCUUAUAACUGUAAGCCGCAAUGGUCAAGUUUGCUUGUGGGAGGCAACGAUAGAUUCAGAUGAUUUAGUGACAUCUGCAGUACAAAUAUCACACAAGAAAAGACGGAAGUUGCAAAAGGAUACUGAACUGCAAGAGGAUGAAGUCGAUGAAGAGAAUAUAAUUGAGAAAGAUAAGGAAUAUGAAAGUGAUAAAGAUGAAAAUAUGGAAAAGGAGUUAGAGAAAAAAGUCGAUGAUGAUAAGAGACUGCAGUACAGAAAGUUGGGUCGUCACUACAUAGGUGAUGCGAUUAGAAACGCCCACCAUAAAGUGAGGCUAUCAGCUGCAGCUUACCAUAGAAAUACAAAGAUAUUAGUCACUGGUUUUACAUCUGGUAUAUUCUUUCUUCACGAAAUGCCAGAUGUGAAUUUGAUUCACACACUCAGUAUAUCCGAGCACAGGAUCAGCAGCAUAGCGAUGUCGCCCCAGGGUGACUGGAUAGCUUUUGGGUGUCCAAAUAUAGGCCAGUUGCUUGUUUGGGAAUGGCAGAGCGAGCAGUACGUAAUGAAGCAACAAGGCCAUUCAUUGGACAUGACAUGUCUCGCGUAUUCGCCUGACGGCCUCUACAUAGUCACUGGAGGUUACGACGGGAAGGUCAAAGUGUGGAACACGACCUCUGGCUUUUGUUUUGUGACGUUCAACGAACACAGCUCGACUGUGACGAAUAUCGUCUUCAGUGCAAAUAAGAAAUUCUUUGUUUCGUCAUCAUUGGACGGAACAGUGAGGUGUUAUGACCUUACGAGGUAUCGUAACUUCCGGACCCUGACGUCUCCAAGUCUAGUUCAGUUCGGUUGCGUGGCGCUGGACUCCAGCAGCGAGUUGUGCGCUGCGGGGGGGCACGACGUCUUCGAAAUUUUCAUCUGGUCUAUCAAAUUCGGCAAGCUUUUAGAGGUGCUGGGCGGGCACGAGGCGCCGGUGUCGUGCGUGGCGUUCAGCCCCGCGCUGGCCAGCUCGCGCCUGGCCUCCGCCUCGUGGGACCGCUCCGUGCGCCUGUGGAACUGCGUGGAGACCAGCUCCGACUGCGACACCGUCCAGCUGACGGCCGACGCCUUGCAGGUCGCCUUCAGGCCCGACGGGGAGGAGAUUGCAGUGACAACCCUUGAUGGUAAUAUAUCCUUCUUCAAUACCACCACCUGCGACCAGACCGGAAGUAUAGAGGGGAGGAAUGACCUAGGUUCCGGGAGAGCCGAUACGGAUCUCAUAACGCCUGAAAAGAUGCUUAAGACAAAGGCUUUUACGACUCUCUGCUACUCAGCAGACGGCUCGUGUGUCCUCGCCGGCGGGAACUCCAAGAACGUGUGUCUGUACAGCAUCAAGGAGUCCGUCCUCAUCAGGAAGUACGUGAUUACACAGAAUAGAUCGCUAGAUGCUGUCAAUGACUUUAUAAAUCGCCGUUUCCUCACCGAGUUCGGUAAUAUGGCGCUCGUCGAAGAGAGGACGGACUUCGAAGGGGGGGACGUCAACAUACGUCUGCCGGGGGUGAAGUCGGGUGACAUGGCCGAUAGGAAAGUUAAACCUGAGGUACGUGUCCACUGUGUUCGUUUCUCUCCGACCGGCGAAAGUUUCGCAGUAGCGGCCACAGAAGGACUCUUGCUUUACAGCCAGAACGCAGGACUAGAUGGAUCUUUCAGGCCGUAUCGGCUGGAGUCGUCGUCGACGCCGGCGGCGGUGCGGUCACACCUGCGCGCGCGAGAGUGGGGCGCGGCGCUGGUGGGGUCGCUGCAGCUCAACCAGCAUGAGCUCGUGCAGCAGUGCGUCGAGGCCGUCCCACCCUCUGACAUUCAACUAACAGUAGCCGGCUUAGAAGAUGACUACUCGUAUCGUCUCCUUAACUCGCUCGCACGUCUUCUAGAAGAAAGCAGACAUUUGGAACAUCUUCUCAUUUGGUUGAAGUAUCUCGUCACGGACAAGAAGAAAGUGCCGCCCAGUGUGCUUCUAGCCUUAGAAAAGGUUUUGACUGUGAAAUAUUCGCAGCUGAGUAAAAUAUGUGACUUCAACAAAUACACGAUACGGUGCAUCAAAGCUGUCAGUGUCAUAACUCCGAGGCAAGAAGACGUCGAAAUGGACAGCGACCAUUCGAGCGGUCGCGGAACAUUCUCUGACUCAGAUUCUGAUUAAAAUAAAGUGUUUUAUAAUGUUAA